AUGGAGAACAACACAACCGUCUUUCAGGAAGUCACUCGAGUUGUAAAUCGGACAGAAAUACCUCUGAACCCUCUUGAAGAGCAGGCCAUUACAAUAUUUUUGACAUUGCUCAUUUGUGUAGUAGGGAUUGCUGGGAAUAUCAUGGUGGUGCUGGUUGUGCUGCGCACCAAACACAUGGUGACCCCGACUAACUGCUACCUCGUCAGUCUGGCUGUCGCAGACCUCAUCGUGCUCCUGGCUGCAGGGCUGCCUAACAUCUCUGAUGUUGUAGCCUUCUGGAUUUAUGGAUACACAGGGUGCUUGUGUAUAACUUAUCUUCAGUACCUGGGCAUCAACGUGUCGUCCUGCUCCAUCACGGCCUUCACUAUUGAACGAUACAUCGCAAUUUGUCACUCCAUAAAGGCUCAAUUCAUAUGCACCGUUUCCCGGGCCAAGAGGAUCAUAGCUGCAGUCUGGGUCUUCACCUCGCUCUACUGCAUUAUGUGGUUCUUCUUAGUGGACACGGAAGAAACCGUCUACACCAACGGAGUGGUGGUCACUUGUGGCUACCGUGUCUCCAGGAGCUUGUACAUGCCGAUCUAUUUCUUGGACUUCACUUUGUUCUAUGUGAUCCCCCUUAUUGUGGCCAUGGUGCUGUACGGGCUCAUCGCCAGGAUUUUGUUCAUGAGCCCCCUGCCCUCGCAUUUGAACGACAGAGCCGGAGGAAGUUCGGUUCACCAAGGUCACUCCAACACCACUAACAAGGCCAACAAGGGUGCAGUCUCUGCAAGGAAACAGAUAACAAAGAUGCUGGCUGUGGUGGUCAUCCUCUUCGCCUUGCUUUGGAUGCCUUACCGAACACUGGUGGUGGUCAACUCCUUUAUCGACCCGCCUUACCACAACACCUGGUUCCUGCUCUUCUGCCGUAUGUGCGUCUACACCAACAGUGCCGUCAACCCCAUCAUUUACAACCUCAUGUCUCAGAAGUUUCGCGUUGCAUUCAAAAAGCUCUGCAAGUGUAACUGGCGACACAAGGAGAAGGCGGCAGAGUACAAUGUGCCAAUGUAUUACAGCGUGAUUAAGGAUUCUUCCCAUGAGAAUGAGCUGGUCACAGAGCAGGAGGAAGUGAGUCAAACCAACAAAAGGCUCAACCAAACCGAAGAUGACGCAAGCACUCUCAGCAUUUCUUAA